AUGACGUUUCUUAUCUAUGUUUUAAAAUUUUCUAUUCUUAUACAUAUAUCUGCAAGUUCUUAUACGUAUGGAAUAAUUCAUAAUGCAUCAAUUAAAAUUCCUUUUGAUAUACCUGAUAAUCUUGGUCAUGAAUUACAAGUUCAACGUUGUGAUCAAUGUCUUUGUGAUGCAUUUAGUAAUCCUAAGGUAGUUUUAUUAACCUGUACUGAAAAUGAAUCAAUGAAUUUUACUUGUCAAUUUUAUUAUUUUAUACCUAAAAGAGAUGAAAUUCAAUAUCCAAGAAAUGAUACAAAAAUAUAUUUAAUACAAAAUAUAACAUUUGAAGAAAAAGAUGACUGCUGUAAUACAACAUAUCUUAUUGAAAAAAUUGAUGCAGCAUUAAAUUUUAAAAAAGCCGUUUUUAACAAAACCUUACGUUUUCUUGUUCGUGGUGAUAAUAAUAUGAUAGUUUCAACAUCUAACGACAAAUUAAUUAAAUUUGAUAGAUCAAAACUUGAAAUAGUCGAUGUAUCAAGUAUUCCAGAUUCUAGCACUGUUGGUUAUUAUGAUAAAUAUUAUUAUCUUGGUAAAGACAAUACAAUACGAGUUUAUAAUGAAGCAUUAAUUUCAAAAAUAACAGAAUUUCCAGUUAGAAAGGGUUUAACAACUAUUCGUUUUCUUAAUGAUAAAGAAAUGCUUGUAGGUACAGCUUCAUCAGGUGGAUUUAUUUGUGAGAAACAACAAGAAAUAUUUGAUAGGUGUAUAAGUACUCCUGUAGUACCUGCGAUUGGACAAUUACAUGCAUUUGGUAUUGUUGAUGAAAACACAUUUUAUGCUGGUUGGUAUGCAAACAAUGAGAAUCUUCGUUUAUAUACGAAAGACCAGAAUAAUUCAUGGAAAGAAAAUACAAGUGGUACUAUUACUCAAAAUGAGGCAACAUCAGAUAUUGUUAUUGAUGAUUGUAAACGGAUAUGGGCAGUUAUACCAGAAGAGAACAAAAUAUUUAUCUAUGAUCAAAAUAAAACUCAUCCGCAUAAAAUUACAUUUGAUUCAAAGAUAUUUAAUCUUUUCAUUCUUGACAAUUAUACAUUUGUUACGUCGCAUGAAACUGAACCUGGUUUGAAUCUUAUUCAACCAUCUCUGAAUUGUCGUAAACCACGUUAA